AAACAACAAUCACUUUAGAGGCAAAAUAUUUGAGUAUAAGACUUAAGUAUGGAUUUUGCAGCAUGGAGAGUUUAUUUGUUUACUUCCUGUUUCUGGUUACGUUAUGCUUGACUGAUUUUAGGAUUUGAUCAAAAUCAGAUAUUCGCAAGAAAAUAUGUCAGUAGAUUCAUUGGAAACAGGUUGUUAUAAAUUGUGUAAAUGCGACUUGAACCAGUUUUUCAUUUAAAAGCUAAUGCUAACAGCUAAUCCGUGCUCUGACCCCGAUGGCUCUGACAGAAUCGGUAACGCAAACACGGAAGUGAGGAACAGGGAAACAUCUUGUUGAGAUCUAGCUGCAGCGCUGUGUGUGUGUGUGUGCGCGCGCGUGAGUGUGUGUGCGUGGGAAAGAUUCGGGGCUCAAACUAGGCUCCGUUCGCUGUGUUUACAUCCGAACCCCCUGAGUUCACAAACGCCACCGGACCUCCAGAACAGAAGACGGAGGGAAAAUGGAGUCUCACGGCAGCGAAACUGAAGGGAAGGGGCCGGUGCUACACAUCGUGGUUGUUGGAUUUCACCAUAAAAAAGGCUGUCAGGUUGAGUUCUCGUACCCGCCGCUGAUGCCAGACGAGGGUCACGACAGCAACCUGCUGCCGGAGGAGUGGAAGUACCUCCCGUUCCUGGCUCUUCCCGACGGAGCGCACAACUACCAGGAAGACACGGUUUAUUUCCACCUGCCGCCUCUCACCGGAGACAGGAAGUGUGUUUAUGGGGUGUCCUGCUAUCGCCAAAUCGAAGCAAAGGCCCUGAAGGUCCGCCAGGCUGACGUCACCAGAGAGACUGUUCAGAAGAGCGUCUGCGUCCUCAGCCGGGUGCCUCUCUACGGCUUACUUCAGGCUAAGCUGCAGCUCAUCACUCACGCCUACUUCGAGGAGAAGGACUUCUCGCAGAUCUCCAUCCUGAAGGAGCUUUACGACCACAUGAACGGCUCCCUCGCGGGUUCGGCUCUGGACGGGUCGCAGGUUUAUCUCGGGUUAUCGCCGAGAGAUCUGAUCCUGCACUUCAGGCACAAGGUUCUCCUCCUGUUUAAACUCAUCCUGCUGGAGAAGAAGGUCUUGUUCUACGUGUCUCCUGUCAACAGACUGGUGGGCGCUCUGAUGACGGUUCUGUCACUGUUCCCAGGGAUGAUGGAGCACGGCCUGGUGGACUCGUCCCAUUACAGACCCAAGAGCAGCAUGUCGGAGGACCUGGGUCUGGUGGACAGCUCUGGAGCGGAGGAGUUCAUCACCGUCUCCGUCACCGACAUCGCCGCCUCCAACCUGGAGCUGGAGGGGGUGGAGUCAACUCAACCCGCUGUCGAGUCUCUGUCCUCUGGGACCAGCACAGAGGGGGACAACCACUACCUCAAACCCCCCUCGCGCACGUCCCCAGGGUCCUCUGAGAGCGACUGGGAGACCCUGGAUCCCAGCGUGUUGGAGGAGGGAGUUCCAAAGGAGGUGGCUGAUGUGGCGGCGGAGCUACCGGACACCUUUGAGCCCAAUCCAGAAAUGCCCAUAACCGUCCAGCCGCAGGCCGUCAGCGGUCAGGGAGGGGUGACCCAGGGUCUGGUGUCGGGUUUGGAGGAGGAUCAGUACGGCAUGCCGCUCGCCAUCUUCACCAAGGGUUACCUGUGCCUGCCUUACAUGGCUUUGCAGCAGCAUCACCUCCUGUCGGACGUGACCGUGCGAGGCUUCGUUGCCGGGGCGACUAACAUCCUGUUCCGGCAGCAGCGGCACCUCAGCAAUGCUGUGGUUGAAGUGGAAGAAGCUCGGGUCCAGAUCCAGGACCCCGAGCUCCGAAAGAUCCUGUGCUUGACCACAGCCGACCUGCGCUUUGCGGAUUACCUGGUGAAACACGUAACCGAGAACCGGGACGACGUGUUCCUGGACGGGACGGGAUGGGAGGGCGGAGAUGAGUGGAUCAGAGCCCAGUUCACCCUCUACCUGCACUCCCUGCUGUCGUCUGCGUUACAGGAAGAUAACGAGAGGCUUCUGGCGGAUUAUGGAGCUCCUUUCGUCUCAGCCUGGAAAAUCACCCACAACUACCGAGUUUGGUUCAGCAACAAGCAUCCAGGCAUGACCGUCAUCACUCCAGGCCACCCGUUCCAGGGCCAGUACGGCGUGGCUGAUGUGAAACUCCGACUCUCACACUCGGUGCAGAACAGCGAGCGAGGGAAGAAGAUCGGGAACGCCAUGAUGACGACCAGCCGCAGCAUGGUCCAGACCGGAAAGAUCGUGGGUCAGUCAGUGGGCGGAGCCCUGACCAGCGCAAAGUCAGCCAUGUCCUCCUGGUUCUCCACGCUCGCUCAGCCCGCACCACCCGCCGCCUCCGGCCCAGAGCCCGUCGCCGAGGUGAAACCGUAACCCUCUGGCGCCGUAGCCUCUGGGUCAGCUGCUUCCGUUACCAUGUGAGCAGAAAAACUAUCACGUUUCCUCAAAUUCAGAUGGAAGCCUAAACCCAAAACCACGGCGGGCUCUGACCUUUGACCUUCGGCUGGAGAUUCAACCGAAUACCUGAACGGUCCACAGUCACUGUGAGGUGGAAGCUGCCACUGCUUUUGAUCAGAACCACAAAACUCGGACCACCUGUUUCUGUCUCUGAACACUUCCCUGAGGCGUGAGCGACGCUGUUUGGGUCCGCAGCGUUUACGCGUCGCUGCGUUUCAUUCCGUUUGUCCAAAACUGUAAACCGUGUCGAAAACGCCAGGAUGUCCUCGGAAACGAGAGCCGACGCGUCCUAAAGACGAUCAGGUUUUAGACUCGCUCGUGUUCUUCUGUAGUAACAUUUUGGUUGUUUGGGUUUCAUUUAGCAACCAUCGAGGGACGGUACGGAAACACGGAGUUGGUAGUCAUAAAUAUUUAUUUUUUUUAUAUUAGUGCGAGCAUGUUGCCAUCACUGAUAGAAAUCAAGUCAAAAAUACCACAGAAGCAGAAAAAUUCAGGCUAAUUAUACAAAAGAAAUUAUUUUUCUGGGAACAAUAAACAAAUUUCUAUUUUUAUAAAUGAAGCUAACAGCUAACGAGAUCAGGAACACAACGAAGUGCUCAGACGCUUCCGUAACGGGAAAACUGUUAUUUAAACAUAAAGUCUGUAGUUCCAACAGAGCAGCUAACAUCAGAUCCUUGUGGUUUAGUCACGCAGAUGCUAACAGACUCACGUUUUAGCUAACGGUAGUUAUUUCAACUUCAUGUAUGACCGUGUUGUAAGUUUCCGUCCUUUAACUAUAACUUAUAUGGUAUCUUCAGAGUACUUUAUUAUAAAUUAGCAUUUUGGUGUUAAUAGAAAAUCAUUAACAGAAUAAAUUUUAGCAAGUUUUUUACGGUCUUAUCAAAUACUCGACCACAGAUUUAUUUAAUGCCUCAGUAGUUUUAAAACAACCUCCUGAACUGUGAUGAUGAACAGAAACGUACGGAAGACCUUUAUUCCCAAAUCUGUAAACAUUUAACAGCUUAUUAAAGCUUAUUUUUAAAAUCUGAUCAUUUUAGAUUAGUAUUAAAGCUGAAAGGGAUCAACACACACGCACACACACACACACACACACGCACAUACAUGCAUACACACACACACACACACACACACACACACAUACACGCAUACACACACACACACACACACACACGCAUACACACACACGCACACACACGCACACACACACGCACACACACAUACGCACACAUACACACACACGCACACACACGCUACAUUCAGUCUUAAUAGAUAAUUAAAGCGAUCUUUCUUAAAGUCUUGAGUGUGUUUGUGUGGAAAGUCAGAAGCAUUUACUAAACUAGCUUCCUGAACAGCGUCUAUUCAGAGAAAUAGUUUACUUCCUUCAUGGCUGAUAAGCUAACAGCUAGUCCAGGAACAAAUUAUUCUGCUGUUGUCCUAAAACGGCUCAGAUCUCCUAAAUUUCGUACAAAGUUAUUUUAUGAACUAAGUCGACUGGAGCUGGAACACGUUGCUCCUGGCUGCACCACGACUAGCCAUUAGCCUAUCAAUCCUGAAGACCGUAAACCCUAUUUCUCUGAACAAAGGCCAUGUAGGAAGGAGUCGACCAGUUUAGAUAUUAUUUCUAACACGCUUUAGAAACGUCUCUUUGGACGUGAUGUCUCCGCCGCGCCGGCGUCCUGAAGCCACCAGCGUGUUACUACAGAAAUCCUCCUGAACCAAAAUACUCGCCUGAGCUGCAGGGCGUCCGUAACCGUCCUCCAGGCUCUUUGUACUUCGGUGUUGUGUAUAAAUACAUAUAUAUUCAUAUAUAUUUGAAGAACUACAUUUAUUAAAGCCGAACCAGUCUGAAGUAAUUUAUUGUGUGAUGUCCGUGUUUUGUCCGACCACACCGGAAAAGUGGACCUGUGCGUUUAUUUGCACAAAGCGGUGGUUUGGUUCUCUGGAUCUGGUGUUUCUGAACCUUUGAGCUGCUAACCGGGUCUGUCCGCUCCUCGAGCGUCGGAUUAAAUGUGUUCCCGCUCGCUCGCUCUGUCCUCUAAGCUUUCCGUCCGAGUGUUUGUUUUUAAGUGUUUGCGUCGUUUAGUCUUUGAGCCGUUUCUGGAUUCUGAAUCAAGUACGAUAAGUUUUUAUUUUUUAAUUAUCUGAUGAUUUAUGUUGAUUUUAUAUUUAAUGAAUGUUUGGUGAACCACGUUUUACCGUUAUUUUCCUCAGAUGCUUUUACUGUACUGGAGAAGGAAGUGAUGUGUUGCUGUAAUGAAAAUAAAUAAAACUGCACUUUUA